AUGCUGUCUGGGGAAGAGACUAACAAGACCCAUCGUUCACAGCUCUACUUUAUCGCCCAGAUAUUAUAUAAAAUCAACAUCGGCCUCACCAAAAUCAGCAUCUUACUACUUUACCUCCGCCUCUUUAUCCAACGCUGGUUUUUUAUCACCUGUUGGACGUGGAUCGUGAUCAUUACUGCUUUUACUCUCAGCACCGUGAUAUCUAGUAUCUUCCAGUGUUCUCCCGUCCAAUAUGCCUUCGACAAGUCUCUCCCCGGCCAUAGCUUCUGCAUUAACUUGACCGCAUUCUGGUACGCCAACGCCGCGUUCAACAUCUUUAGCGACCUGGUUCUCGUGGCUCUCCCAGUUCCAGUCAUCAGUCGACUGCAACUGCCCCCGAGACUGAAGCUUAUUCUCUGCGGCAUUUUCGCCGUUGGUAUAUUCGUCUGCAUCACAUCUAUCCUCCGCAUCACAACCCUCGACAUCGCAACCUCCUACCUCGACAUCACCUGGAAUAGCAUCGACUCGUCCAAAUGGACUGUCAUUGAAUCCAACCUCGGCAUCAUCUGCGCCUGUCUCCCCGCUCUUCGUCGCCCUCUUGCCUUUCUCUUCCCGCACCUCUUUGGCAUAUUCUCCCGCAGUGCUAAUUACGCUGCCGCCGCCGGACAAGUGUCCCACUCUCGCGCGAGUCGGCCGAACCAUUCUCUUGACCCUACUCGGAGAAAGUCCAGGACUGCAUUGAAUGAAUCCGUAUCACGGUACGUUAUCCGCGCCGAGAAGCAAGGGAGUGCCAGCCAGGAACAGAUCCUUCCGGGUGCUGGAGAGUAUACAAGGGAGGGCAUUCGGAAAACAACGUACGUAUCUGUCAAGUACGACGAGUCUGGGGAGAAGACAGGAGAUGUCGUUGAGAUGGACCGGUUUGAAAAUCGGCGUUCUUGA